GCUCGGAGACACAUCUGCCGAUACGCUCGUGGGAGAAAAGGGAAAAAAAAAUCUAUAUUUGAGAUUUUUGUCUUUAGAAUAAGAGGCUGGGGAACUAGACACUCCAUGGAGAAGUAAGCACGCUGGGACUAAUCACCUUCUCAGGGAUUUGUCCGCUCUUAUUUUUCCGCAAAUGGAUUGCACCUGACCCCGUUACCCGCUGCUGUUGAGGGAACGUUCGAAGGACCCCCCCCCCACCUGACUGCUCCCUGGUGAAAAGGUGUGUGUUGUAGGCUAUAAGACAGCGUGGAGCCCUUCGGCCCUGGAACUGGGACAAUGGAUGUGCUGGGGGAGAACGAAGCUCUGCGGCAAUUUUUCGAGGGCCAGGAUGUCAGGGGCGUGCUGGAGAGUGAGGUGGUGGACACAAGCAUACUGGAACAGUACCUCAGCAACGACAUGGACCCCAGUACCUUCAUGUUACCUGAGUCACCCCCAGAUUCUGGAUCAGAACCCUGUUCCCCCCCACGAAUACGAGAUGUGCCGCAUGACCGCUCAUGUUCAGCCGCACAGGCAGGCACAGGCCCCUCUUGUUGCCUUGGAGACAGGGGGCCGGGACCGUCUCCUUGCCUGACUCCGCACCAACGCUUCUUGGGUCUGGAGAGCGCCUGCCCCGCCCCCCUGACCCCACCAGGUCUCAAUUCUCCCUGUCACCCCCAGUAUCUGAGCACAGCAUGCCAAAACAUCCAGGCCCACACUGCCCCUACACACCCAGGUCUACACCACUCUCAGAACCUGCAGCGUGUGGGAACUGCUAACAGCUACAUCCAGGCUAACACUCCCCCAACACCCCCUAAUCUACACCACUCCCAGAACCUGCAGCGUGUGGGCACUGCUAACGGCUACAUCCAGGCUAACACUCCCCCCACAGCCCCUGAUCUCCACCACUCCCAGAACCUGCAGUGUGUCGGUCCUGCUAACAGCUACACCCAGGCUAACACUCCCCCUACACCCCCUAAUCUACACCACUCUCAGAACCUGCAGCGUGUGGCUCCUGCUAACGGCUACAUCCAGGCUAACACACAUCCCACACCCCCGGUCAAUGGUCCCCCUGGGGCUCCACACUGUAUGAACCCUGCCAGCAGCUACGUGAAUGCCAGCCCACCCCCGGCUCCGCCCGGCCUUCAGCGAGUCUCACCUGGACACCUGGAGCCAGGGUACCUGCGUCCUCCACUCAGCCAGCAGCAGACAGGACCCGCGCUGCCCGACACCAAGAAGAGGCGCCGGUCCGAAUCUUUCGAGGGGCCGGGGGACCCCCGUCUGUGGCCUGACCCCUCCCAAGCGAGGGGCCCGUUCAUGCCCCCGGAGUGCGCCAGCGUCGCCGGUGACAUCACCAACUGUGACAGCGACAGCCAGGGCGGGACCGCCGGACAGGGGACCUAUCAGGUCCUGGCGUGGGAGGGGUACCAGCCCAACCAGUGGAGCCCACUGUACGACAGCGGCUACCAGAACCUCCCAUCCCCUGGGUAUCACGUUGACACGGACAAGGGCUUCAGCUACUCCUCCACAGACGAGGCCUUCGUGUGCCAAAAAAAGAACCACUUCCAGGUCACAGUUCACAUAGGGAUGGCCGGGACGCCCAAAUAUGUCAAGACGCCAUCGGGGCCCAAACCCAUAGAGAGCUUUUAUGUGAAGGUUUUUGGUGUUAAGUUUGAGGCGCAGUCCCACCAGAUCACCAUUGAGCAGUCACAGUCCGACCGCACCAAGAAGCCUUUUCCACCCGUCCAGGUCAGUCUGCCCGGAGACAAGGUUACCAAGGUAACGCUGGGCCGUCUGCACUUCAGCGAGACCACGGCCAACAACAUGAGGAAGAAAGGCAAGCCCAACCCAGACCAGAGGUACUUCAUGCUGGUGGUGGGACUCUACGCGUCCGGGGAGGAGCAGAACUUCCUGCUUGCGGCACAUGUAUCAGAGAAGAUAAUCGUCAGGGCCUCGAACCCGGGGCAGUUUGAGAAUGACAGCGAGCCGCUGUGGCAGCGGGGGCAGGCCCUUGACGCGGUGGUGUGCCAAGGGAGGGUGGGCAUCAACACGGACGCGCCCGACGAGGCCUUGGUGGUCUGCGGCAACGCCAAGAUCAUGGGCACGGUCAUGCACCCGUCCGACAUGAGGGCCAAGCAGAACAUUCAGGAGGUGGACUCGACGGAGCAGCUGAAGAGAAUAGCGCAGAUGAGGAUCGUGGAGUACGACUACAGGCCCGAGUUCGCCGAGAAAAUGGGGAUCGAUCAGGUCCAUGAAACAGGUGUCAUUGCACAGGAAGUGAAGGAGCUGUUACCUUCUGCCGUGAAGGAAGUGGGGGAGAUCACCUGCGCGGAUGGAGAAACGAUAGACAACUUCCUCAUGGUGGACAAAGAGCAGAUCUUCAUGGAGAACGUGGGUGCUGUGAAGCAGCUCUGCAAGCUGACGGACAGCCUGCAGGAGCGCAUCCAGGAGCUGGAGGUGUGGAACACGCGGCUGGCCAAGCUGAAGAGCGUGACGGGCAGCCUGCGCUCCGGAGUGCACAGGAAAGCUAGCAGAAAUGACGGUGUCCCUCUCCCAAAGAAGCCAGCCCCCCUCCCGGCCUCUAAAGAGUACCAAUCAAAGAAGCACAGCCACUGCUUGCAGCACAGAGUGUUCCAGGCCAGCGUCAUCAUGCUCGUGGUCACCAUGGGGAUCUGCGUCAUCUCCAUCACCGCCCUCUACAUGCUCAAUCUGAACGAUGGCCCGGAGACCCCGCACUCCAACAGCAACAACUCGAUCCUGGAUGACACUACGACAACCUGGCCCACAAUCGGCAGCCCCUCAGUGACCCCCACCCUGUCCCCCGACCCCUGGCCCCCUGAUGUGGAUUUCUGUAACCUGCUGUACUGUGAGGAGGUGUACUGUUGCCCCCCCGACUCCGGCAACCACAGUAUCCCGGCAACCACACCUGCACCAAGGCCUCCUACCAAUGACUCACAAACAGACUACACCAAGGAACAGCUGUUUGAAAUAUUUCUAAGUGCCAAAGACUGGACAAACACAACUGUCCAGUCCAUUGUAAUUAAGGAAAAUCAACAUGUCAUCGACCAGAGAUACUGUGUGCCAGGGAAUUGUGGGUCCGGAAACUACAGCUACGCCGUGCCUGUCAGCAAGUUUGUCCCCGUCAACAUGCGGCUGACCAUCCAGAUGAAUACCACCGAGCUGCUGGUGGUUCUGAGGUGCCAGGCGGAGGAAUCCUCCGACUGCUCUGCCUUUAUGGACUACACUGACGACAAUGACUACACCAUGAGCAACACGCAGGGUUACGUCCAUGAGUGGCCCCUCCCGGUCACCCGGCUGUACCAGAGCUCCUACCACUUCCGCACCACUGUGGCGGGCAAGGCUGACUGCAGCACCGAUCCCAAUUUCUCAGGAGUCCUGUUCACAGACUACCACUUCCACUUCUACCGCCGGUGUGACUAAGCGCACGCUAGAGCUCCCCCUACAGGCUAGCCGGGGUCCAGCAACGUGUCUUUGUUUGUUGCACUCAAAUGCAGGAAAAGAUUUGAAAUGAAUGCACAGAGCACAUUUAUAUUCACUUCACUGAUUUACCACUAGAAGAUUGCUGUAUAUACAUCACUUGGGUCUUGCUAAUACACUGUGGUAAAAAAAAAAGGUGUGUUUAUAGCUUGGGCUUACUGGAGCUCAGGAUGGUCUUUUGGAAUUCAUUCUGUGUGUGUGUGUGUAUGUGAGAUCAUUUUUAUUGAUUUUCACACUGUACAAAAAUUAUCAGCACCAACCCCUACCUAUAGAACCUUCCUCAAACCUUACCCUUCCCCUGCCCCCCUACCACCAUCCCAACACAACAACAACCCCCUACAUUGACCCAGACAAUCCCCAUCCACAGACCCCUCCAAAAACACCCCAUGCCGCCUUUGUAACUUUUAUACUAUUUCAGUAGAACUUAUUGUAAUUGGAUGGUACAGAGAGAUAUGGCUAUAAUAGUUAAGUAAUAUAACAUCACAUCUCUUGAACAGGAGAAGCCAGAAUAUGGCCAAAUGUAAUCAGGGGAUUAAUUUAAGGUGAUCACGUUUCCUGCAGCAAAAUGAUACUCUUUACCCUUUAAAGGCGUGAGAUCACAAAUAUGUGAUUAGAAUGUUCUGAACUGAACAUGCUAAUGCUGACGUAACAAUCACUUCUGUUAAUUGAAAGCAAUGGAGUUCGAGGACCAUGACUUGUACCAUAGAUUAAGCACCAACAUAUAACCUUUAUGACACCUGUUUUUUUUUAGAUAUCUGUGAUCAUUUUUUAAUGAAGUAAUAAUUUUUCUUCUUUGUACUACAUUUCCUUGAAUCUGAAAAACAAUGCCCGUGGGAUGUUACUGUUUUAAUUUAACAAGGUGUUCUUUGAAAUGGGACUUGAUGUACAGUAGUAAAUGUCACAUUUCUUAUUGUCUCCUGUCUGACAGUGGUAUUUGGUAUUAGUGUGAUUAAAUGUGUACUCACAGUGUUUAACUUCCA